AUGGAAAAUACAAACGUAGGAGCAGUAGAAGAUUUGAAUGAUUCUAAUACAAGUAAUUCGGAAACUCACACUGUACAUGAAGAAAUUGAUAAUAAUAAUAGCGAUCAAUCAUUAUCAUCAUUAUCAAUUUCUGAUCAGAGUGACGAGUAUAAUAAUGAUAAUACAAGUGAUGAAGAAAUCGAUGAAAUAUGCAAACUACGAUCGUGGGCUAUUGAAUGCAGGAUUCCAUUCGUACAUAUGGAUAAAUUGCUCAAAAUCCUUCAACCAAGACUUUUGCCUACAUUACCAAGAUCAUCGACAACGUUUUUUAAAAGCAAUACUUCAUAUUAUGAAAUACACAAAAUGGAAGACUACAAUAACAUUACAAAUGGAGAAUAUUCGUAUUUUGGUAUCGAACAAGGAUUGCAAUUUUGCAUCAAUUCGGAAAUCCAUCCUAACAAUAGUACUAUGGAAUUACAAGUCAAUAUUGAUGGAAUAAAAUUAUUUAAAUCGAGUACAAAAUCUAUGUGGCCUAUUCUAAUUAAAAUACAUUUCAAGCCGGAUAUUUAUAAGCCUUUCGUAGCUGCUGCUUAUGUGGGAAAUAGCAAACCAAAAUCAGUCAAUUUGUUUUUGAAGGAUUUCAUUGCUGAGGUCAAUAUCCUGCAAAAUAGAGAACCGAUGAAAGUUUCCGAAAUUUUUCACAUGUGGAACAUCAUACAGCAGCAUCACCUUUAA